AUGUCGGCAUAUACAAAUCUUAAGGCUGAUAUGCCUCUGAGAAGCGUGCAGCUAAUCUCUCUUCACCGUCCAAAUGCCCUCAACGCUCUCAAUCGUCAUCUCAUGGCCGAGCUUGACGAUGUCCUCCAGAAGGCGCAGAGCGACAGCCAAAUCAAGUGUGUUGUACUUACUGGCUCCGAAAAAGCCUUUGCAGCUGGCGCCGAUAUUAAGGAGAUGAAGGACAUCAGCUUCGUAGACGCUUACAAACAGGACUUCUUGAGCUCCUGGAACAAGAUUCGUGAAUUCAGGAAACCUCUUAUCGGCGCAGUCUCUGGAUAUGCCCUCGGUGGUGGCUUUGAGGUUGCUAUGGCUACAGAUAUUUUAUUAGCUUCGAACAGUGCCAAAUUUGGUCAGCCAGAGAUCAACCUAGGUAUCAUUCCAGGCGGUGGUGGCACACAGAGACUUAUCAGAGCUGUUGGCAAAGCUAAGGCGAUGGAGAUGAUACUCACAGGACGCAUGAUUAAAGCUCAAGAAGCUUGUGAAAGAGGUCUCGUUAGUCAGGUACUUGACGCUGAGCAGCUGAUGCCUGAAGCACUGAAAGUGGCCGAGGAGAUUGCCAACAAGUCUGCUAUCAGUGUCCAAGCAGCCAAAGAAGCUGUUAAUGCAGCCCACGAGAUGCCUCUGAGCGAGGGUCUCAGAUUUGAGAGGAGACUGUUCCAUCAGCUAUUCGCUACCAAAGAUCAGAAAGAGGGUAUGUCUGCUUUCAUCGAGAAACGCAAACCAUCCUUCACCGACGAGUGA